GUAGAGUUACCACGGUUCUGUAAAAGCGAAAUGAGAGCAUGACGGUCAGAGAACCUGCUCGUUUCACAGAGAAUUCACCCCCUGGCUGUGUGCUGGGCAGCAGUACGCGCGCGAAGGGCUCAUCCCGGAGGCGUGGAGUUGGCACCGCGUUACGUAUGAGGCUGCGCUGGGCAGGGCGCACUCCCCGUCCUCCCGGCAGCAAAGGGCCGGAAGGACGGCCGUGCGUGAAAGCUCCAUUGAAGGCGUCUCCCACAAGCACUGAUCUCAAGCUGCACGUGUGUGAUAAACUCGGCCUUUGCUUUUUUUUUUUUUUUUCUUUUCCUUUUUUUAAUGUAAAGUGCUUUAAAAGGGGCUUGAUACCGAAAGUGAAAGUAGUAGAAGAGUUACCUCUCGCUUCUUACGCUCCGCCUUGCAAGAGUCCCCAUAUUUUUUUUUCAGAUUAUUUAGCGAAAUUCCUGGGCUGGGGCAAGGGCGGGGAGUUCCAAUAGUCCCGAGGCCGACUGCGGCGCGGCAUCGGGCGGAGGGCGCUGCCCGCGUGACUCCGCACCCUGCGUGGAGGAGAAAGGGCGGCCCGGCGCUCGGCCGAACCCCGUGGAGCAGAGCCGCCCAUUAGCAGCUCGUCGCGCUGGGAGGCGGGUCCCAAGGGGCUUCCAUCUGUCGGCUUUGUCCCGCUUUGCAGUCCCGUUCCUGGGAAUUCCGCCCCUCCUGCAGGGUGGCGGGCUGGCGGCGGCGCUGUGACUCAGCACGUGGGGCCGCGCCUGGUGGCGGGGCGCUGAGCGGGCAGCGCGGCGCACCACGCGCACGGCGGCCGCCGGGAGCGGAGGCGGGCGCGAAUUUCUUUCGAAGGUGCUCUCUUAUGUAGAAAGCUUUGCUCAUCCCAACUGCCCUGAACGAAAGACUAAGAACCUACCUGCCUGUCUGAAGGAAGUGCCUGAAGGAAGGCACUAAAGCUCUUUCUUAAGCAGAGAUCAUCAGUGCUAACAACAUGGAGGAUGUUGACAGCUUGCAGUUUCGUCAGCUGCUCCUGCUCAUCGAUGAAAAACUGGGGGCUGAGGAUGUAGCAGCAUUAAAAUUUCUCUGUACUGACUUGAUCCCCUUCAGAAAACUGGAAAGCGUGCAGUCAGCAAUGGACAUUUUUCAGCUUCUUAUGGAUGAAGAUUAUCUGAAUGAGAAAGAUACUUUCCUGCUAGCUGAACUGUUAUACAGAAUUAAAUACCACUCCUUGCUCAGUCUCCUGGGCUAUACCAAGGAGAAAGUGCAAGCAUGUCUGCGUGAGAAGGGAAAAGUGUCUAUGUACAGGCAGAUGCUGUAUGAAUUGUCAGAGAACAUUACCAAUGAGAUGUUGCAGGAAAUUGUAUUCCUCCUGAGAAACCAUCUUCCAAAGCGACACAGAACUAUUUCUGCUUUGGAGUUGCUGAUUUUAUUGGAAAAACAGGGUCUUUUAACUGAAAACAAUGUGCAGACACUGGAGGAAGUCUUUAGAAAUGUUUCACCUGAUCUCCUGGAAACAGUAAACUGCUACAGAAUGGCAAAUGUGUCUCUGUCUCAGCAGGAGAAUACUCUUCCAGUCAAGGAAUCUUCACCAUCUUACGCUGUAGGCAUCAGAGUUUUCAAUUCCCCUCAGGAGACCUCAAUCAAAUUUGUCAGUUCCAAUAUCCAUGAUCAUUACGUUGAAGAACCUGGGAGCCCAUGGGAAUAUACUGGAAAUGUGAGCUCUGUACCUGGCAGGCAAGAUAACAGAGCGCCUGAUCUUACACAAGUCUUCUCUGAAACAAGCCUGCAGCUGUCUGGAGGAUUCAGUGGUGUAGAAAAUGAAUCCAAGGUGUCAACUUACAAAAUGGAUGGGCCACAGAGAGGAAUUUGUCUUGUUAUUAAUAAUGUUAAAUUUGAUGGGGUUCUUCAAGAGAGAAAGGGUUCUUAUAAAGAUGCCUGGGAACUGGAGAAAGUAUUCAAAUGGCUUGGUCUGGAUGUGAGGACUUACACAGAUCAGACAUCUGAUCAGAUUAAAGAACUGAUGCAAGCAUGGCAGCGUUCAGAAGACCACAAGGAUAGGGACUGUUUUGUUUGUUGCAUUCUGUCUCAUGGAGAGUCAGGAGCAGUCUAUGGGAAAGAUGGGAAGCUUGUAUCAAUCCGCACUAUCAUGACCUACUUCACUGCCAAACAAUGUCCACAGUUGACUGAAAAACCCAAACUAUUUUUUAUCCAAGCAUGCCAGGGUAAAGAGAUACAGCGUCCUGUCUAUGUUGAAACUGAUGCACGAGUUCCUGACUUCUCUUCUGUACAACAGAGCAUUUCUCCUUCUGAAAGUAUUCCUGAAGAGGCUGAUUUCCUUCUAGGCAUGGCCACAAUUGACGGAUAUGCUUCUUUCCGACAUGUUCAAGAGGGUACUUGGUAUAUUCAGGCCUUGUGCAGCAAGCUACAGUUGUUGGUACCAAGGGGUGAAGAUAUUUUGUCCAUCCUUACAGAAGUUAAUGAAGAUGUUAGCAAGCGUGUUGACCCUUGUGGGACAAAGAAGCAGAUGCCGCAGCCAGCAUAUACCUUAAGAAGAAAACUUAUAUUCCCAAUACCUAGAGACCCUCCUCCUUCACAGUGA